CCAAUCACUUUUAAUUAAUGGAAUUGUGUUACUCGCCAUUACAGUAAUACGUAAGUCAAUGUGUACAUAUAUAAAUAUGUAUAAAUAUAUUAAAGAUUUUUAACUUAACUGCAGUUUGCGCUUGAUUCUCAUUUAGAAUUUGAGGUUAAAAUCUACAGUGAACAAAAAUAUAAUCGCAACAUGUAAAGUGUUGGUCCCAUGUUUCGUGAGCUGAAAUAAAAGAUCCCAGUAGUGUUCCAUAUGCACAAAAAGCUUAUUUCUCUAAAAUGUUGUACACAAAUUUGUUCACAUCCCUGUUAGUGAGCAUUUCUCCUUUGCCAAGAUAAUCUAUCCACCUGACAGAUGUGGCAUAUCAAGAAGCUGAUUAAACAGCAUGAUCAUUACACAAGUGCACCUUGUGCUGGGGCCAAAAGGACGCAAAAAUAUUACGUUUUGUCACACAACACAAUGCCACAGAUGUCUCAAGUUUUAAGGGAGUGCAGUUGGCAUGCAGACUGCAGGAAUGUCCACCAGAGCUGUUGCCAGAUAAUUGAAUGUUCCUUUCUCUACCAUAAGCUGCCUCAAAUGUCAUUUUAGAGAAUUUGGCAGUAUGUAGAACCGGCCUCAUAACCACAGACCACGUAUGGUGUGUUGGCGAGCGGUUUGCUGAUGUCAACAUUGUGAACAGAGUGCCCCAUGGUGGGGUUAUGGUAUGGGCAGGCAUAAACUAUGGACAACGAGCACAAUGCAUUUGCAUGAGAUCCUGGGGCCCAUUGUCAUGCCUUUCAUCCGCCGGCAUCACCUCAUGUUUCGGGAUGAUAAUGCACGGUCCCAUGUCGCAAGGAUCUGUACACAAUUCCUGGAAGCUGAAAAUGUCCCUGUUCUUCCAUGGCCUGCAAACUCACCAGACAUGUCACCCAUUGAGCAUGUUUGGGAUGCUCUAGAGUCUAGAUCGACGUGUACGACAGUGUGUUCAGGUUCCUGCCAAUAUUCAACAACUUUGCACAGCCAUUGACGAGUGGGACAACAUUACACAGGCCACAAUCAACAGCCUGAUCAACUCUAUGGUGGUCACACCAGAUACUGACUGGUUUUCUGAUCCACGCCCCUACCUUUUUUUCUCUGUAUUUCCAGUCAUAUGAAAUCCAAAGAUUGGGGCCUAAUGAAUUUAUUUCAAUUGACUGAUUUCCUUAUAUGAUCUGUAACUCAGUAAAAUUGUGUUCACUAUAGCUCUUUAUGAGGAAAUGUUUUCAUUGACUCAAGUACCAGGAAAACAUAGCUUUUCAUUUAUACACAGCUGCAAAAGUGACUUCAAAACCAAGAGGAUGUUGUACAUUUUUGCAUUUGUUACAUUGUAGCAUGAUGCGGCAGGAAGGAAUGUCGCAGCAGGAGGGGUUUCGUUACAUUCUAGCACGGUGGAAAUGAACUUAACGAACCAUUUCGUUGCCAUGGCAACACAAACCAAGCGUCCAAAAUGUCGACUUUGCUGGGGGAAAGUUUAUUUGAAGUCAGUGGUCAAGGCCCUGCACCCAAUAAAGACUUCUUCCAAUUUUCUGUUACCAAGACAGAGGUUAUUUGGAGAUGGUGGAAGAUUUCUUUGAGAAGAGAUGGUAGGAACACAAAGCCAGGAGAACUGAGGGAGUCUCACAAUGACUACUUGGAUGACAGCCUGCUUCAGAGUCAGGUGAGUGUGGUGUUUGGCCCCAGGAUCCUUCAGUACAGCCAGGCACUAUGUCAGGGCCACUAUGACUACCUGGAGCGUCUGCCCGAUCCCCUGCUUCUCCACAUCCUGACCCAUCUGGAACUGGAGGACGUGGCACGGCUUGGACACACCUCACACAGGUUCAGGAAGCUGUGUCGUUCGGAGGAGUUCUGGGAGCAAGCGGUGCGCGGCCACUGCGGCACCGUGUCGGCCGAGGUGGAGGCCCUGGCCCUGGAGUUGGGCUGGAAGAGCGUCUUCUUCACCAGCAAGCUGCAGCUGCAGAAACAGAUCAGCCGCAGGAGGAAGAGGAGCCAGAAGCUACUCUGUACAGACCCGGAGCGCUAUGAUAUAGACACAAUGGUGGAGCGCAGUGAGGACCCAGAGAGCCGCGCUGCAGAUAUAGAGCCAGGUUCUGAGUCGGACCCUGGGCCGGAGCAGCUCUGUACAGACAUGCAGCUCUGUGGGGUGAUUGCGGGCCAGGGUCGUGAUGUGGCACAGGGGGACUGGAGCUCUGAUUCAGGGAGCUCACUGAAAUGACGUUUGUUUUAUCUUUACACUCUAAAUAGGAUCCUUGAGGUUUCCAUGCAGAGGAAUAGAGGACGGCUUGAUCUCGGGUGGAGACAGUGCAAGUCGUUUUUGAUACAAAUAUGAUGACUGUUGAAUGUUUGUUGAAUUCAUGUUAGUUAUGCUUCUUGUCUUUCAAUCAGUACAGUGGCUGUGUUUUGUUGGAAGACAGUUUGUCUCAUAGACUGUUGCCUGGCAGCAAAGGAUGUUGUGGCAAUGGCUGGAGAUGUUAAUAUUUUAACCUGCUGUUGCGUUGUGUUGUACAUGUGCCAUAAUCUUUUUCCUUAUACAUUUUUGCACGAGCAGGACAAUACCAUCCAGUGGAAUGAUUCUGGGGGGGCAUGUUUGGUAAAAAUAAAAGGAUUAAA